UGGGCUGGGAUGGGGGUGCCCGGGGGGGAGACGGGCACCACGGCUCGGAGGGCCGGGGACGCCCCCCUCGAACAGAUGCUCAGCGAUUCCCUGUACCCGCACGUGCAGCGGCAGUACCUGCUCGUGUGCGGACAGCUCAUGGCCAUGCUCAAGGAGCGGCACGGGAUGAUGGAAUGCCUGCAGGCGAUGCGCAGCUUCUUCCUGCUGGAGGCCGGCGACGCCAUGCGGGAUUUCUGCGCGCCGGUGUUCGAGCGAGCGAGGCGACGCGAGUGCUGGCGGGACGUUUCCUUCCUGAACACGGCGCUGCAGGAGGCCCUGCGCCACCACGCGCACGCGCGCAGGCUGACUGUGGAGCUCGAGGAGGUUUCUGUCGAAGGUCAGCCUCAGCCAAUAAACACGCUCUACGGCCUGACCCUGCACUACGAGGCCCCGUGGCCGGUCAGCCUGGUGCUGAGCCCCCCAGCGGAGGCCGUUUACCGCCAGGUGUUCACCCUCCUGCUGCAGAUCAAGUGGGUGAAGCACAGCCUCGACACGCUGCGCUUCCAAGCGCUCACGGACGCGGCGUUCCCGCGCGGGGAAGACGACGCGCAGGACGGUAACGACGCGGUCCCCGGCGGGCAGCAGGGGCCGGAGCGCAGCAGCAGCAGCAGCAGCAGGAGGCGAGGCCUUGGCCAACCGUGCCCGCUCGCCCAUCGCAUGUUCCUGCUGCGCGUCAAGUUCAUGCACUUUGUGAACAGCCUGCACACCUACGUGCUCACCCGGAUCCUGCACAGCACGUGGCUGGAGUUCGGGCCGCGGCUCAACGGGGCCUACGACCUGGACGAGCUGCUGGCGGCGCACGGAGACUUCCUGGCGGCCAUUCACGACCGCUGCCUGCUGCGCGACCGGGUGAGCUACGUGAAGCAGGCCAUCAUGAAGGUGUGCAACCUGGCGCUGGUGUUUGCCGAUCGCUGGCGAGCCGGCCCCACGGCUCUGCGUGCGGACGUGCUUGCGCGCACGGAGGGAGACUUGAAGAGCUGCCACGUGUUCCUCGUCACGAUCCUCAACAAAGCCGUGCGGCGCGGGAGCUUCCCACACCUGGAAUCCCUGGCCCUGGCCUUGGCCGCUGGGAUGGAGCGCAAGUGACGCCAAGAGGAGGCCGCGCAGCUCGCGCUCGCAAAAAACGAUCGCCCAACGCGGUGCUCCCCAAUGCUCCCACCAACCGGCGUGGUGAAGUACGGUCAACCACCCGCGCGGCGCGGCGACGACGCACGGGCUGCGUGGGUGCGCGCGAUCGGCAACCUUGGCAGCAGUCGCCGUUCGCCCCACCACCACCACCACCACCGCCCAUCGUCGCCCCACCACGGCAACCCCGGCGUCUUCCUGCCCACACGGUCGCCCGGUUUUAACUGACCGGCUGCGCCGAAGCCGGCGGCGUGAAUUCCGCAAUCCUCCCCCCCCACCCCACCUUCCCGUUUACCUCCCACGCAUUCGAACUUAUUUCAUGCGACGCCAAAGGUUACAAUCGAUGAUGAACGACGACGACGGGCAACCUGCCGUCCCGUGGAGCCCCUGGCGGUGGCCUCCUCGAAGGAGGGGCCGCUCACGUGGCCCACCGCCCCGUCUGGGUUGCCCGUCGCUGGCUCAUCCGACCCCCGAACCGGAUGUGAACCGGCGUCCCCCGAUCGCGAAACCCGCACGGGGACGCGAGCGGGUAUUUCUCAAGGCACCGCCGAGGGCGCGUGACGGAGCGCGAGCCCCGUGCCGCGGCGGUGGUGUGGUGCCUUCAGCCGCAGCGCUGCAGGGGGGUGAGAAACCUCCUGCUCACCUUAGCCCCUUGCCAAGCAGGAAUUACAACACACACUUCACCUGCCGGUUCAACUCCGAUCACGCUCGGAGGGCGUGCGUAUCCACUCUGCAGGCUUCACGUGCAAAGGGGUGACCCGAGCGGCCGCUGGCAACCGAAACGCGGUGAUGCCAGGUCAGAUGCAGCGGUGUGCUCUCGCUCCGUGCGGCGGUGGCAGUAGUAGUAGUAGUAGGAGAAUUCAAGUAGUAGUAGGAGAAUUCAAACCGCAUGAAGUUAAUUUUGGUUAGCAAUAGGUUAGCAGCGUACAAGCGAAAUCGCACAAACCGAACUCGCACAAAGCGAGGGAAACCUGUAUAUCCAGCCUAGAGUAAUGGUGAGCAGUUGGAUCUGUCCACCACUUGAAAUGCAUUAGCAACUCAAAGUGCCUUUACACCAAUACUCGUCUGAACAAUUCCAAUGCCCCUAUGCUGCAGUCUAGCCAAGGGGACUGCAGGGGGCAGCUGUUCCCUAUCUAUGCGGCACCAGCACUGCCCCACCACGUGGGCAUGGGUCUCCCAACAUGAGGAGCAGUGGGAGGCGCGAUGUUGGCCGUGUGGGGUUUCACACCCCCCCCCCCCCAGUUGAAGUAAUUUGGAAGUCCACGUGUUUUUUUUCUCGUCAUGGAAUUUGGACGGUGACCCGAAUUGGUGCAGCCGAGGCGUGCCACACGUGUUGCCGUGCAACGCUUGACAUGACGGCACGUGUCGGACGCGACCCAGCGGCUGUGAGCUCACCCCACCACCACCACCACCUCCUCAUCGUCCCCUCUCUGCCCAUCGUGCCUUUCUCACGUUGUAAAAUGUGACGACGCUCAGUGGAGGAUGUAUCCGAGCAAUAGCUUCGAUGCGCGUCGUGGAGUUUUGUACGCGUGUUUUUUUUUUUUUACCAGAGCAGCAACGCAUUAAAUGUCUAAUUUAAA